AUGCCAUUUAGUGUUAUGCAUACUCCUGUUGACCAGCGAGUCACUCGUAGCCGUGGCGCUGUGCAAAGCGCUGCUCGCGCUGCUGCCACCAGAAAUUUUGAGGCUCACACCGACCUCACGCGCGACUUCCAGCACGAAGAAGAUUAUGCCGAACCCGACGCUCUCGAUUGCUUGGUCAACGAGCAUGAGGAAGAGGAAAGGCCGAAAAUGGCCGCCACCGGGUCGCACCCGGCCACGCCUUCGACAGGAGCCGCUCCCGUCGAGGCUACCGCGAGCGCUUCUCGCCAUGCCGCAAGCGCCGCCGCCACAUCAGCCGCCGCCGCGGGCCCUGGAUCCCCCCGCAACAAUGACGCCGCCGUGGCCCAGGUCCACAGGACCCUGCAAGCCCUAGUGCACUCUCUAGGCUCCCAACAUCAGCUCCAAUCGCAGAUUGCCGAGCUUGAAUAA